GGAAAAAGCUGGCAGCCAUUUGCCUGUUCUAUAAAAAAAAAAACGAGUCCAAGUUCACUCUAGUGCACCAGCAGGUUAAAAGAGGAGAGACUGAAGUGAAAGAGAAAGGGACUCAAUUCCAUAAAUUGUGUUAAUUUUAACUUCUAAGGUUGAUAAACUUUUGGAACUAGCUUUAUUGUUUUCAUAUUUCACAAGAAAUAUACUUGAACGAUACGAACAAAAAGGUUUUAACAUUAUAAACAGUAACAAAAUGGCAACAGGUUCAGUUCCAAAACGUGUGCGUAUGGUUGAAGACUUUUCUUGCACAUGUUGUUUAGAGCAGAAUCUUACGGAAUCUGCAGACAUUUAUUGUGAACAAUGUUUAAGGUUUUAUUGUAAAAAAUGUGUUAUCCUGCAUAGUCAGUUGUUUACAAAACAUAUGACAUGUGGAAGGGAGGAUAUUAAGAAAUGGCCAGUUUCUAAGGCGGUGGAAGAUUUUCUCAGGAAGUGUGAGGUGCCUGCGGAUGAAACACUGACACAGUUUUGCCAUGACCACAGUCAGGUGUGCUGCUCUGCAUGUGUUGGAACAAUUCACAGCCAGUGCAGAAAAGUGACCCAGAUUUCGGAGCUGACCAACUCGCAGCCCUCAGGCCUAGAGGGGCUGUCAGUGGAGCUGGAAACUGUCCUGGGGAAAUUAAAACCCUGCAGAUCAGUCAGGAGGCCAGCAUUCAGUCAUUGCAGAGAACAUACAAUGAACAUAGGGAAGUUAUGAUAGAGCAAAUGUGUGGCAAUUUAAAUACUUAUAUAGAUAAAUGUGAUAAUAAUUCUGUGGGAACAUCAGGCGGAAAUGAGCAAUAUUUAAAAGAAGAGAUGUGUAGGAAUGUUGUUUCUAUCUUGAAUGAAUUCAAUAAUAUUACUGCGAAGGAACUUAACGAGAUGAAAGAUGAAGUUAUAAGCAUUAAAGGGUCAGUUACAAGAUCUAUUCAUAAAUGCACCAGUGUUCACAAUGACUUGUCACAUUUCCAUGAAAUUGUUCAGAAAAUUGGAGAUCAUAAGCAGCUCUGCCUUAUAGCCAGCAUAAAAUGUAAGCAUAUAAUACAGCAGGCACUGACUCUGCUGGGAAAGUCAGGCAAGGUGUUUAAGGUCCAGCGGAAGUCUGUGCACAAUGUGAGAAUACCAAGUGAUUCAAAUUCAUGUUAUAUCACAGGCAUAUGUGCUCUCCCAGAUGGACAGGUCCUGGUUGCAGACAGGGAUAAUAAGAGAGUCAAGCUUCUGAGCCAGCAGUACAAGGUGGUGAGUCAUUGGGAUGUGAAUGCUGAGCCACAGGAUAUAUGUCAGAUCACACCCAGUGAGGUUGCAGUACUGGCUGUGAAUAUUAGCAACAUACAUGGGGUCCAGUUUAUCACUGUCAACCAGGGAAAGCUUGUUCCUGGCAGGAAGUUUCAGUUACAACAUGAAUGUAGAUUUAUUGCACAUCACCAAGGAGACCUUUUUGUCACAUCUGUUCGAGAACUGUACAAAUACACACUGAAUGGCAAACUGAUCUGCAGACUCUAUGAGAUUUUCAUUAUGGAGGCCAGGUUGCUGGUCUGUGGAGCCUGGUCCGACACUGUACUACAGGUUGGCUGGAAGGGAGAGAGUAAGCUGGCUACGCUGGCUACUGAGAAGGAUGGAGUGAGGUGGCCAUGGUCAGUCUGCUACAGCAGCAACAACAUCAUCCAUCAUUGUGGACAGUUGGGGGACAACAUCCUGGUGUUCAGAAUAGAAUUUCCUGAUGUUUGA